CCGGGAAACUGCGGCUGCGGUUCGGAGCGGGUUCGGGGGCUGCUUGGCUUGAAUGAGCUCGAAGGAUUGAUUUGGAGACAUGUCAGCGUCGUUAAAAGAAAGCCUUCAGCUUCAGCUGCUGGAGAUGGAAAUGCUGUUGUCUAUGUUCCCUAACCAAGGAGAAGUAAAACUUGACGAUGUAAACGCCCUAACAAACAUAAAGAGGUAUCUGGAAGGCACUAGGGAAGCGCUCCCACCCAACAUCGAAUUUGUGAUCACGCUCCAAAUUGAGGAGCCCAAGGUGACAAUUGAUUUGCAAGUAACCAUGCCACACAGCUACCCAUACGUGGCUUUGCAGCUGUUUGGACGGUCACCUGAGCUUGACAGACAGCAGCAGCUUCUUCUCAACCAAGCUCUCACUGCUUAUCUCGGGACCUUUGAUCCAGGUGAGCUGUGCGUCUGUGCAGCAAUCCAGUGGCUGCAGGACAACAGCGCAUCCUACUUCCUCAACAGAAAGCUGUCAGGUGAGCCAUCCACACAAGCAAAGCCAGUCAAGAACACAUUCCUCCGAAUGUGGAUCUACAGCCACCACAUAUAUCAGCAGGACCUAAGGAAAAAGAUUUUGGAAGUGGGGAAAAGGUUAGAUGUGACUGGAUUCUGCAUGACGGGAAAGCCUGGCAUAAUCUGUGUGGAGGGCUUCAAGAAUCACUGUGAGGAAUUCUGGCACACCAUCCGAUACCCCAACUGGAAACACAUUUCCUGUAAGCACGCAGAGAGCGUGGAGACGGAGGGGGAUGGUGAGGACCUGCGCCUCUUCCAUUCUUUUGAGGAAUUACUCCUUGAGGCCCAUGGUGACUAUGGACUGAGGAAUGAUUAUCACAUGAACCUGGGCCAGUUCCUAGAGUUCCUCAGAAAACACAAAAGUGAGCAUGUUUUCCAAAUACUAUUUGGUAUUGAAAGCAAAAGUUCAGAGUCCUAAGACUCUACUCAAAUGUCUAUGCUUGUCAUUACAUUAAGUAUUUAUGUUACUAAGGCCAAAAUAAAAAAAUAAAAUAAAAAAAGCCAGUAACUAUAUAGAAUUCUGGGUUUAAAAAAAAAAAACAAAAAAACAAAAAAAACCCUUGUUGUAGAAAUUUCCAUCUGCUAACAAAGCAAAUGCGCCUUUUAACUUUCUGUCAGUGUAACUGUGUUGUUUCCAUGUUUCUGUGUAAUGUCGUACCUGAAUAGCAUUGAAUUAUAAAUUAAUAAAGUAAUAUAUUUAACCAGAGAAACUUGGUUCAACAAGUCC